AUGGAUGAAGUAGAUACCGCUCUUGUUGAUAACGUCAAGUCCUUUGCUGCCGGCGGGUUCGGUGGUAUUUGUGCUGUUUUAACUGGCCAUCCUUUUGACCUGGUUAAGGUCAGACUUCAAACUGGGGUUUACAAUUCUGCCAUUGAAUGCGUAAAACAGUCCCUGAAGAAAGAUGGACCUCUAGGUUUAUACCGUGGUGUACUUCCUCCAUUGGUAGGUGUUACCCCAAUGUUUGCUGUCAGUUUUUGGGGUUACGAUGUGGGGAAAAAGAUUGUGGCCUACACAUCAAAGAAAUCUAUCAACGAUCCAUUAACCAUUGCGGAAACAAGUGCUGCUGGUUUUAUUUCAGCCGUUCCAACUACGGCCAUUGCUGCCCCAUUUGAGAGGGUUAAGGUUGUCAUGCAAAUCGAUAAAACAAAGUCUGGAAUGUUCCAAACUGUCGCUAAGAUCUACAGGGAAGGUGGCUUGAAGUCGGUCUUCAAGGGUUCGUUAGCCACACUUGCCCGUGAUGGUCCUGGAAGUGCACUGUACUUCGCUACUUACGAAUACCUAAAACGUACAUGGUCAAAGCCAGGCGAAGACCUCUCUCUCGGUGCCAUUACAAUGGCAGGAGGUUUUGCUGGUGUUUCGAUGUGGCUGGGAGUGUUCCCUAUUGACACUAUCAAAUCACAGCAACAAUCAUCUAGUGUGAAAAUGUCAAUUGCUGAAGUCACUAAGAGAAUAUAUGCUAAAGGUGGGGUUAAGGCAUUUUUCCCUGGUGUUGGUCCUGCAUUAGCUCGUAGUUUCCCUGCCAACGCCGCUACCUUCUUGGGUGUUGAACUCUUCAGAGACUUCCUAGACAAAGCCAUAUAA